AUGUCAGUCUCAGACACCUUCGGUUUGCAAUUAGCCAAGUAUACUAACGUCGCUGCAUCAGCAAUCCUAAUUUAUGAUUACUUUAUCACGUCACAUUCUGAAGUCCAAUGGACCUGGGGACGGAAGUGGGGAAUCAUUCGCAUUACCUUCACACUUUCACGAUAUGUACCUUUUGCUGGUGCAUUUAUGACCUCGUAUUCCGCUGUCAAGACAUGGGGCACCCAAGAUUGUGCACCUUUUAACGAUGCUGUAAAUGGCUUACAUUUCUUGGGCGUCAUUGCCUCGGAAGGUCUGUUGAUUGCCAGGGUUCAUGCCUUCUCCGGCAACAAAAAGACUAAUCUUAUUAUUCUUUUAUCCUUUGGCUUGACCAUCAUGGUGACGUGUGUGAUCCUAAGUGCCGCCCCCAUCCAUUUCAGCGACCCAGAAGGCGAGGUCUUGAAGUUCGCCUCUUAG